UAUAAAUCCUAUGUAACUGGAUUAGUACGCCAGCGUCGAAAAUGGCUAUCGUAACAUGAGUUACCAAUAAAUCAUCAAAGUUUUAGCCGGUGUUUAUACGUUUCUAGAAUUUAAAGAAAAUCGUUUUCUGAUAAAUUUAAUUGCAAACAACGCAUAAGGUACAGUUAAAUGUGCACUAUAACUAAUGGUAGUUGCAAUACCAAAACAUAAUUAAAUUUGCAUGUUCAUUCCUGUUAAUAUUUAUCGUUUAGACUUCUCUCAGAUUUCAUUUAGUUUUAGUGGUAUUAGCAGGCUAGAUCAUAAUUGACACAAGACUUGCUUGUUACAUUACUUAAUCCAUUCUUAGUAGAAGUAUUUAUCCUCUAUAGACUAGACAUAUGUGAUAUUUUAAAAAGUGGAACACUAGUUGAUACUUGUAAUGUUUUUCACUUAAACAUUGGAAUAGUAUUAAAAAUAGUGACACACUUAUACUUAUACUUAUUAAUAUUUCAAGUUGUAGAGUAAGUGAAGUCUGGUUCUGGUGACUGACUUGACAGUGUGAAGUGUGACUGCAGUUUAUCACUUUGACUUAGUUAGCCUACUUAGUAGACCUACCCAACUUACUCAAACAUAUGAUUUACAGCACCACAUCCAUCUUUAAUUUUAUCAAAUCUUUCUUACCUAAAGUCUCUUUAGUUUAGUCUUCAGGACAAUAUUGAUUGGUGCCAGUUUGAGUUAGUAACCAUAUGACUCAUGACAUAUGAAAAUACUUCAGAGUACAAUGUGACUGUGACCAAAGGCCAUUACUAUACAGUAUACAUAAUUAUUAUAAUGAGACUCAAUAUUUUUGGGGGGUUAUUUUUAAUAUUUGGAUUGAAAUAGAAUAUUCUCUUACAUUUUGCUGAAUAUUCUCUUACUUUUUGCUCAACUUCAUUGUUGGCAACAGUCCCUCUAAUACUAAUUUUGCUAGAAGUUUUCUGUGAUGCUGCUAGGCUAGGGCAUAGCUAAACAAAUUUAAAAAGCAUUGGACUUGGGAGAAGUUUCCAGUCCACACAGACACAUAUUGCUAGUUACUAGUUAAUUAGCUAUGAUAGUAGGAUGGAUUUUUUCCGUCAAAGUAGGACCGAAAGAUAAAGAAUUUCAUUUGUUACCCAAUCUGUCGGAAUCAGCCAGCGGGCUUCCCUGGCUGUUAUAAGAUAAAAAAAAUCACUCUUAAAGUCAAUAUUGUCAUUAAGGAAUUGUUUUUUUUACGCUUUUUAAGAAUGUUUAUCUAUAAUUCCUGAAAAUAAAUAUGUACUUACAAUACUUACAACUACAGUUUAAUCAAAACACAUUUCCAUUUAUUUGGAUCAAUUAAAGCAUUUUAUAUUAUCACUUUUAAAAAAAUAUGAUGCAAUAGUUGCCUGUUAAUCAUCUUAUUAAUAUUUAAAUCAGUUAUUUCUUUUUGCAUCUGUCUUGGUAGAUUUCGAAUAUGAAACAAUAUGUAUCUUUGUUUAAUGUCACUGAAAAAUAGAUGUGAUUGUAUCACUAUUGAGUUGUCACUAUUGAUUCUAUUUUUACUUUGCAAUAAGUAUUAGUAGUAUUGGUUUCACUAUCGACAUUUAUUGCUUUGACUUGGCGGCCAGGGGCAAGAUCAGCAAGAGUUUUAUUACUCUCCAAGUCAAACUAUUUAGUAACUUCCAUUUUAAAUUUAUGUUCAGCAUUUUUAAUUGAAAGCUCCCACUUCCACCUGGAUAGAAUAACAUCCUCACAGGUGUCUCUCCUCUAAUAAGCAUAAUUGCAACAAGUACAUGUAUAGAAAAUAAUAAUUUAAAUAAAGAAAAAGAAUAGUACUUUGUGAGAAAAUGUAAUUUUUUAGUAUUUAGCUUAAUACUAGUGUUCAAAAUAUACUUCUUUAAAAAAAAAAAAAGAAGAUAGUAAUGGGACACACGCAGACACUGAAUUUCAUGAUUAGAUUUUUGCAAUGAAGUUUUAACUAUCCUCGCAGUAACUUUCACGUACGUCAGGUUUCCCAAAUUUUACGUGAGACACUAAACAACUUUAAAGCAAACUUUUAAAUUUGGUUAGAUCAUGUGUCGGCAAAUGUACUUUCACUAAUGCAAUAUAAUUAAAAUAUUUUUACAGGACAUGGGGAAGCCCUAGAUAAGGGCUCCUGAAACUUUUUAAUCAAGGGAUCUGUUCACUUACCCUCAGACGUUUUUGGAGUGGAGUUUGAAAAAAAUGUUAACAAAUGUACAAAUUGCCCAUAUUUUAUUUGUUUUGCAAAAAAAAAUUUGAAAGAUUAAUGCUAAAUGAACAUCAAUUUUAAUCAACGUAAAGUUAUUAGCAUUUCAGUGGGAAAGUAUGGGCCUUCUUUUGGCUAAAUAGAUGGUCAGUGUUCGGUUCUAUAUUAUCACUGCUAGCUGGGUACCCGAAUGACGGCCAUUCAUGCUGGAUCUGGCCGCAGGCCGUACUUUGAGGACCCCUGCCCUAGAUCUUAAUAAAUUUAAGAAAACACAUUUUAAAAAAAAUUGCACUUGGAAUUUUACAGAACUCUAUGUUUUAUUACCAGUUACAUUGGCAAGCCUAUCUCAAAUUAUAUUUUUAGAAUGCUAAAUCCCUUUUUAAAUGAUUUCAAUUUCCAUAAUAGCUAUAUACAUAGAUACUGCCUAGCUGUCAAUACAACAGAACCACCAUAGUACACAUUGGAAAUGGCCAAAAAGGGUUACAAUAUGCAGGAAACUCAUUUCACUUGACUUGUGUAUGUAAUAAUCGAUUUGGUUCCUCCUAAUACCAAAAAUGCUUCACACAGACCAAGAUCAAGAUUUGAAGAGAGAACAUAAGCUUAACUCACACAUCAUUAAUGGAUAUUCUAAGAUGUGAUGUCAUUGUGCUUUUAUCAUAAAAUAUCUAGCAUCAUUACCAAAAGUCUUUGUUUUAUUUUGUGCUUGUAAAAUAAAGUUUAUAAUCAUAACAACUUAAUUAUUAAAUAAAUGACAGAUAUUUGGGGAUAUUGGGUUAUGUCAAAUGGCCAUAGGCUGGCACAGAAGUCAGGAAGUGGUUGCUUUUGCCUCAUGUGACAAAUAAUUCAAUUAACCUUAGGAAUCCCAGGUUAUUCCUGUGCACAUUGCACUCUGCACAAUUACUACAUUACUAAGUAAUUAUCCUUUCCUACACUUUGUUAAGGGUCCUCUUUCAUCUCAUUAAAUUUAAUAUAUCAUUAAUUCCAUUAUAAAUAAAUUUGUUUUAUAGAUGGCCUCUGGUGGUUACCAGCCAAAUAAACAAACAAAAGGUGAACCAAAGCGACGAUCAAAUUGGCAGCGUUCAGUUAGUUCUGACCGUGAUGAUGCUCAGAGUUUGAAUAGCCUUCCUAGUGACAUUCGUAUUAAUAAUUGGGUGAGUCAUGAUACCAUAAUAAAUCAAGUAAACGUCAAUAUAUUUUUUAUGAGUAGUUUUGAACUAGAAAAGUAGCUUAAAAAAGUUACAGGCCUGAUACAUUGGUUUCUAAUAUGUUGGUUUUCAGAACCCUCUUAAUUUUUUUUUUAAAGAAUAAAUUUGACUAUGUAUAUAGGUCACCCUAGUGAAAUGUGAUAUCUGCUUUUAUUUUAGGUUUUCUUAUAAUUCCAAAAAUGAUAUUCUAGGAUCUUUCUGAUCUCCGUCCUACAAAUCUUGGUGAUGACUCUAAGCGGCGCAAGAAAUCAAAAGGCAACCCUGAGCGAGAGAGGGAGCAAUCCCUUACAAUGGACUCUCCCCCUCAUGAUAAAAAACAUCAUACUCCCUCCUCAUAUCCUCGAACUAAGAUAACACCCAGCACCCCAACCUCACAGAGAGUAGCUUUAGAAAAUUUAAAGCAGCAUAUAACCUUCAGUGAUUUGGAAGAUGUGAGUUAAGUUCUAUCAUGUUCUACAUUACAUUUUAAUUUUUUUUCUACUGUAAAUCUGUUUCUUUAAAUUGCCCACCAUUUAAUUUAAAAUCCAGAAAAAUAAUAACCCCUGAAAUAUCUUUGCACAACUUAUUUUAUAUUGAAUUAAUUUAAUUAUUUUAGGUUCAUCAAAGUCAUUGUUGAAGAGUUAUAACUUUGACAUUAAAAAAAAAGAAAAAGAAAUCUUCGUCAAUUUAAAAUAAUAAAUAAUAGUCAUAAAAUAUUUUAUGUGCAAACAGCAGUCCUACCCUUUUUUAAACUUAAUUUAACAGCAAGUUAGCACUGAUGGCGAAAGAAAUAAUGAGCGCCAGAUGUCACAAGGUCGCAGGCGGCUUCACAAUACUUCACUAAACAGGACAGAUUGCGACAAUGAAUCUUUGGGAACAAGGGAGAGACGAAUCAAUAGAAAUAAUAAUAUGGACCAUUCUUCUCGAGAGCAAGGGGUCAGUGUACGCAAUGACGUGUUGGUUGGAAUAAAAUUAUAUGUACACUAUAUUUAUAUAAAACUUGUUAAAACAUGUUAAGAAUAGUAAAAAGCAAAGUGUAUAAACAAAAAUAUUGAUAAGAACCAAAAUGUAUACUCCAUUUCAAUGAAGUAACUUCAUUUGAAAGAAUCUUCUUAUUUUUUUUCAUAAUCAUAUGAAUGAUUGUCUUUUGCAGAUUUUUAAUCAGUUUAAAUAUUUACCAAAUAUAGAUUAAGGUGUGCACAGUGGCCACACAUAUAAAAUAAAAAUAUUUGAGAUUGAUUUGGUAGGAGGAAAUAUUUUGCUUUGGAAAUAAAAGUUAAUGAGAAUGUAUAAUUUUUGUAUAUUAAUUAAUUAAUUUGUUUUCAAUUUUGUUUUGUAAUAGCCGGAUAGCAAUGAAAUAGUUGCACGUCUAAUGCAAAUAAGAGAAUUUAUGAAACAGGCAAGAUCUAUGCUGGAAAGCAUGGAGAAACUAGGUGACAAGGUAAGUGUACAGACUUUUUUAUUGUUUUGUUGGCUCUUUGAGCCCUCACCUCUAAAGUGAUUGACCAUGUUUUAAAUUGUGAUUGAAACACUUCUAUUAGUUAGUCUAGUUUGAGAAAGACUAAAAGUUUACUAAUUAUGAAGUAAAACAUGCUCAGUGAAAACAAAGGUGAAAAUAAGAAUUCAGCUCAUUAUAUGCAUACCCGGUGCAGUUACACAAAGUAUCCAUUUUUAAAAAUCUACUUGACACUAAAGAGAUUAAAUUAUGAUUCAGUCAUCUGAAAUGAAUUUUUUAUCAUGAUGGCUUCUUAAAUUUAUAGAUCUAGUAGGAAUAUUGUCUAAUAUUAAAAUAUAUAUAUGGCAUCCUUCCGUCUUCGCUAGAGGAUGGAGUAGCUAUGUGGUCCUAAACUUUGACGAGUGGCUCACUAGGCCAAUCCUAGAAUAACAAUCUCAACUGAAUUUCUCGCAUGAGAAUAUUGAUUCCUGGUAAGAUCUUGACUUCCGUAUUGUUCUUUUUGUUGCAAGGGCCUCGUUUCGCGUAUCUUCAGACUUUUUUUAGUCGUUCAUACACUGCUGUUUGCCAGCUGGAACAUUGUUCGGCAAUGAGCUCCCAUUUGUUGUUUUCCCUCAUGCUCCUUUUGCAAACAUCCAUAAAUCUCAGGCGUGGCCGUCCAAUAAGUCUUGUCCCUUCUGCCAACUCUCCAUACAGCAGCAUCUUUGGGAUACAGCCUUCCUCCAUUCUCCUUACGUGGCCUAACCAGCGCAGGCACCUCUUGCUAAGAGCGGAGAAUAUGCUAAACAUGUGUGCACAUUCCAAGACCUCAGUGUUAGGCACCUUGUCCUGCCAUCGAAUAGGUAAAAUGUGACGCAGACAUCUUUGAUGGAAGCUGUUGAGUUUCCGCUCCUGACUGGUGUAUGUGGUUAACACCUCACUACCAUAUAGGAGCGUACUAAGCACACAUGCCUGAUAGACACUUAUUUUUGUUAUAUCAGUUAGAUUAUUCCACACCCGCUUAUUCAGUUUAGCCAUAGUUGCUGCUGCUUUUGCGAUCCUGAUAUUUAUCUCUUCAUCAAGGGAGAGAGAACUGGAAAUAUUGGAUCCAAGGUACGUGAAAUGCUCAGCAACUGAAAGAUUAUGACCCUCAAUAGAUGUGAUUGGAGGAGACGGUGCUUCUUGCAUCAUUACAUGUGUUUUCUGUAGACUAAUCGAAAAUCCAACUCUUCACAAGUGUGUGAUAGACAAUUAAUCAGCCCCUGAAGACCUUCUGUGUGAGAUGUUUGGGCGGCAUCGUCAGCAAACAGCAGGUCACGAAUCAGCACCUUUUUUACUUUGGUCUCUGCACAAAGGCGGGCGAUAUUGAACAGCCUACCAUCAGAUCUGGUAUGGACGCACACUCCUUCACAGUCCCUGAAGGCAAAUUGAAAGAGCAUCGAGAAGAAAAUGGAGAAGAGUGUUGGUGCCAAUACACAACCCUGUUUUACUCCGCUGCUGACUGGGAAUGACUCAGAGACAGCGCCAUUACAUUAAAGCUCUCCACUGGAAAUCAGAGAGAGUCAGUUAAUCUUAAACCACGAUCUCAGGUUAAUAAUUAAAGUGUUUUAAACAUAAAUGAAAUGUAAAGAAUAUUAAAAUGGUCAUAUUUAUUUUAGCCUUUUCUGAAGCAGUAGUUCUUUGUUAUCACUAUUUUGCUAUUGUUUCUAGAAAAAAACAGAAGAUGUUGAGAAAGUGCGCAGGUUAAUCAGGAACUUACAAGAACAGGAGCAAGGGUACAAAGGACUGCUUCAAAAUUCACUAGUAAGUUUUAUCUGUUUCAAAUACUAGUUUUGCUUUUAAAUAGUUCUGUCAUGUUUAUCACUUAUUGCAGCAUAGAAGCAUAACAUUAUCAUUUUUAGUUACUAGUAAAAGUUAUAAAAAUUUGCUCCUUUCAAUUAAAUAACGCUAAACAUUAAAACUAGGUUCUAAGAUAAUUAUUUUUUUUAUCUUGGGGUACAAAAAUACGGUUUAAUUUAAAUUUUUUUUUGAAAAGAACAAGAAAAUCCUCAAUUGUUUUCCUCAAGUUGCAAUAUCAAGUACCUUUUUAACAAUCUAAAUGUCUUGGCUAGUCAUCUCCUUGUAGAUUAGAUAAUUGGCCUUUUUUUUUUUUUUUUUUUUUUUUUUUUUUUUGGUACCGGUAGUUCCAAGCUUAAAAUUGCAUAUUGAAAUUUUACCGGCAUGAGAAAGUUGCUGAUUAAAUAAAUCAGAGACCCCCUUAAUUUAUUCCAUAUAUAUGGUCCCUAUUAUUAUCUAAUUAUAAAAUUGCCAUCUACGAGUGUAGGCUAAUUCUUCUAUUUGGCUUAAAUUUCUAUAAGGCUGACAUUUAAUAAACUGAAACUACUGAUUUAAAUUGUAACUUAUCAAACUCAUUGUGCCGCCUGAAGUAAAGGAAAUAUUUAUAUUAUUGUAAGGCUCAUCGUGAGGAUACGGGAAAUGAGGCUGCUGGGGGUGAAGAUGUAAUUAAAGGAGAAUCGAAAGACGACUCUGAUACCUCGGUGGAUCUAGAUGUCAAAUCAGAAAACUCAGAUACGUCUGUAAGUACAUUACAAACAUCAACCAGGCAAAAAAAUAGCACUUUUUUUUUUUAAAAUCUACUACUAAAAUGUUAAAUAUCUUAAAUUUUUUUAAAUAUAAAGUUUUUCGAAUAAAAGUUAUUCAUUUUUUUACAAAAUUGUGACACUGUUAAAGGUAACCAUAUAAAUACAGUUAUUACUUUCCUUGCAUAAUGGUUAUUGAUGUGUAAUUAUUCAUUCUGUCCUUAAAGGCAACUAUUGCUUUAGGCACUGGCCAAUGAACUCGGGUUGGCAUGUAUAAAGAGCAAAACACCAAAUUCCAAAUUAAUAGUUGCCAGUGGAAUAUUAAACUAAUAAGCAGUCUUUCAUUUGUUGACAGUUUUUAAUACCAAACCUAUAUCAGCAAAACUCCAAUGUCCUCUAGUGUAGAGUAAAACAUGUGUCAGUAAGUUUCUAGGGUACCCUAGAUUUUUCUUUCAUACCAAUGGACAAAAUACAAUGUUGUUGUAUUUGUCCCAGGAAAACUCUCAAGAUUCAAGACCACGUAUUGAAAGUAAACUUGGCAUUGGUUCCAAUGAAGAUGAAGAUGAUGAUAAAGACAAUGAUGAUGAUGACGAUGAUGAUGAUGAUGUAAAUCUUGAGGACGAGCUAUUCUCUGGGCCAAUGAGAGGAGCAACAGGAAACAGUUCUGGCAAUGCCAUUGCAAUCAAGACUGCAGAGAAUGAAAGCUCAUCACACAGCCAUCUGAUCAUGACUGGGAUGCCAGUGCAAGAGGUCUUUAUUUUAUUGAUAAAAUUGGAAGUUUAAAGAAUUAAAAGAGUAUCUCAAGUAGUCAGUCAGUUUUAAAUUUUAAGAUGAGUCUAAAUAAUAUCAAAUAUGAAUUUUAUUUUAAAAAAUAAUAAAUCGACAUAAACCUUAAAUUUAUAUUUAAUUUUUAUAUAUAUAUAUAUAUGUGUGUGUAUGUGUGUAUAUAUGUGUAAUUGUUACUUAAAACAAUUAUUUUAGCUGUUAUAAAUUUUGUUUGUUUAUUUCAAAUAUGGAUUAAAUCAGAGUGAGGAGGGAAUGAGAGGAGCCACAGAAAUAGUUGGAGAUGGUUCAACACCACAACAACAAGAAUUGCUUCGCAUUCUCCGAGAAAAACAACAGCAGGUUGGUCUGUCUGUGCUGUUAUUUUAACCUUGAAUAACAUUUUUUUUUUUAUGAUUAGGACAGGUGAGAAUCAAAUUUAAGCUUUUAGAUUUAGGUUUCCCAUAUUGCUGAUAGUUCCUAUUUUCUCUACUUGUUGACCUAAACUUUUCAGCUCCAAGCUUUAAUGAGCCGCCAAGAAGAACUGAAUCUUAAACGAAGGGAAACUGAGAAAAAGCUGCUCGAAGCUCAGGCUAGGGAUAACAAAGGUAUUGUUUAUUUGUUUCAAUUUUACGUGGCUCUUCAAAAUAAAAGGUAAUUAAAAUCUAAUCAAAAAGAUUUAACUGAAGUUCCAUUUAGUGAACUGGUAUAGAUAUCCUAUGUGUACUGCAGAGCAUGAUAAUUAGUUCAAUUCAAUUUGCUGACUCCAUAAAAAGUUUUCUUUGAUCAACCUCCCAUUCACUGUGUGGGAAGAUGAAUUUAUAUUUUGCUAACAUUAAUAUUAAAUUUAUUUUUGCUUUCAAUAAAAAUUAAAAUGUAAUUAGCUUGGCUAAUUAUUGUUGUAUUAAUAAAUUUUCAGCACGAGCAGCUCUGGCGGCUGUAAGCACUGGACGACAGUUUGUUGAGUCCAGAUUCCAGAGUCACCUCGCAUUGACUAGAGAAGCCCAGGCUGCAUUAGCUGACAGUGAAUGGGGUCAAGAGGAUACAGAGGAAGGGAGAGAAGCUGCUGGCGGGGAAGACAGGGUGCUGAAAUCAAAUAUUGUAGGAUAUCCCGUUUCAGAUGAUGAAGAUAAUUCUAAAGUUCGUGAGGUGGAGAGUUUGCCUACAGAAUUGCUGGAGCUGAAAAGACAGCUGAAUUAUCUGAGGAAUGAAUUUUCUCAAGUUAGUCUGCGGGAAAUUUCAGUUAAUAUUAAAAUAUCAUCUUUAAAUGAAGUGUGGUAUCAAUUUGUCACCCUUAGGAACAGGAAUGGUUUUCUGAAAUAUAAAUUAAUGACAAGUAUUUAAUUAAAUUGUAUACUUUUUUCAUACACAUCUACUAUGUUAUAAAAAACUAAAUAUUUUCUUUAGGUAAGUCAAGCACCAAAAAAUGUAGAGUCUGAAUCUCGAGCUGUAGUGGAUGGUAGACAGCAAUUACAGAAUAAAUUGCAAGAAUUACAGGACAAAAAGUCUCGUAUGGACACCCUUCUACAAGAGCUUCAAAUGUUGCAUGCCCAACCUUUAGCCAACUUGAGAAAUAAUGGUACAUUUUAAUUUUUAGGUUACUCUAAUCAUUUGAUGAAUGUUCAUCACAGAGUUAUCAUUUCCUAGCUUCCAGUAAAAUAAUUUUAUGUUGAAAUUCUUUUUAAAAAUCUUGAUUGUUUUUAUUUAUUUAUUCUUUCAAACUCAAUGAAUCGAAAUGUAUUAUUAUUAAAGAAACUAUAUACAUUUCUGCAAUUUAAAAACACUGCAUAAACUGUUGCUUUUUUUCAAAAGUAUCUUAUUCAUUUUGUCAACUUAGGGUUAAUAUGGCUCUUAAAAUUAAGCCUUCAUUAAAGUAUUGGCCGCCAGGAUCAUUUUAAGAACAUAAGUUAACAAAUAAAAUGGGAAUUUAAUAACAAAAACUGGAUAAAAUUAUUUCAUUAUUUGUGAAGACAACAUAUGCUCAACCCAGGCACUAUUUUGAAUUAUUAAUUCUAAACUAUGACAGAAAGUCAUUUGAGCAGUAUAUUUCAAUGCACCGAAAAAAUGAUUACUAGGGUACUUUACUGGUAUUGAAAUUAGAAAUUAUUUAACUAAUAUUAAAGCUGAAAAAACAAAGUUCAGUUGUCAGUACCGUAUAGUCUGAUUGACCCACUCAGUUAGCAAUGUAAUUAUGUGCACACAUGUCUUAUGUAGGGUAUUCAAUAUCUUUGAUAUAAAUUAUUUGUAAAGUGCAUGUCAAAUUGUCCCUAGACAUAAAUAUGCAACAUCACUGAAGAGACUAAACAUUAAAACAAAAUUUAUUUGUAGGUUGUAAAAUCAAUGUAUCUACAUUUUUAAACCACUGAUUGGCAAGUUUAGGGAGUUCUAAAUCUGUUUUUUAAAUUAACUAAAUUAUUUCUUCAGCUUUUUUAGUUAUGUGUUCAUCAUCACCUAAAUUUGUUUGUAAUAUCUAAAUUCUUCAAAUUGCUAAUUUUUAAUAGAAUCCAGUGCUCCAACCACCAGCUCUCAAGCUCCAGCUCUGGUGGCCACUAAUAUCCCAUCACAGCGGCACCCAGCACAACCCACACGCCCUCAAAUGCCAGCUCACAUUCAGUCCAGGAUGAAUGAUAUGGCGACAGCCACCCCUGGGGCUGUGGAGAGUGCAAUGGCAACAUUUGCUUUGCUUGCUCGAGAGGCAGGCAGAAAUCAAGAAGCUGGUAGCGUAGAGCCUGAGAUGGUAUCAGAAGUGCAGGAGAAGUUAAGGUAUUUCACAUAAUCUUUGAAAAAAAAAUUAUUUUAAUGAAAGUUCACAUUUUUUUUGUAAGUUAAUAACUAUCUUCAGCGGAUAUAACUUAGGGCCUGCUGAUUGGUUUAUUAAUCUCAAUAUUAUUUUUAAAUAAUACAAACAAUAAUUACCUUUCAAUUUCAACUUUUCAAAGAGUGCAUAGAGUCUAGUGUGGAUAAAUUUUAUGAAUUAUACCUUUUUUAAAUAAAUAUUCUGGGACAUUAAACUGUGUCUAGUUUAUAAUUUUAAAAAUAUUGCUAAAAUAUUGAGGAUAGAGUUCUCAUGAAUUAAAUAUAUUAUAAAUAUCUAAAUACCCCUAUGAAAAUGAUGUGAUUUAAAUGUUAAAGGCGUUUGAAAGAAGUUCGAGGUCAACUUGAUGAGUUAAGGAGACUUGUGCAGUACUAUCAAGGUGAGAGCAAUGAAGCUAGCAGGGACCAAGAUGACCAGACAUCUGUACCAGGUUUCAGUGAUGGUGGAGAUCAUGCUGGCAUGUAAGUAAAAUAUGGAAUGUUUACAUUUUUUUUUACUGCAAUAACACUAAAAUAUAAAACCAAUUUUUACAGCACAUGUUUCACUGCCAUAUCUAUAAAUGUCCUGCAAUAAAGCUGAGAAAUCUAGAAUACAUGGAUUUUACAGCGCCAUCAUUUCUUUUGAUAAAUUAAAAUGUUUAAAAUGAGAACUUGAUCGUCAUUGAUAUAUUUAUGGGAGGCCUACUUUGUCACUCAGGGAUUAGAAUUAUGUUCAAAGCUCUUUAUUUAAAGAUAAAGUGUAAGAUAAAUUGUAAUGCUCUAAGCAUGAAGUAAAGCCAGGUUUCAAUGUCUUUUUUUAGCAAAGAUCAAGCUAGUGUUGAGAUCAGAGGAAGUGGAUCAUCCCAGCAGCAACAGCUUCAGCAACUGAUUAAUGCUGUGCAGCAACAGCAGCAGAGACCACAAGAAGAUGCCACUGUUGGUGCUUCCUCUAUUGAUAACAUGGUGCAACUUCUUAACUUGGCUGGUACUUAUUAUCCUUUUAUUUAAUCAUCUUGAUUUUAAUGUUAAAAUUAAGGGUAUUAAAUUUUUAUUUAACAUGGAAGCCAGUAUGCAAAUCCAGGUGCAUAAGAGCAGCAGAGCUCCUACAGAGAUUUUUUUUAAAGCAGAAAAUAAAUUUGUUCAAGUGCUUUUGACUGCUGAUAAUGCUCCUGGGAUUAUAGUUCUGGAUUUGUUUCUAAUGGGAUAAAAAACUUUAUUUUAUUCAUUUGUUAACUCCUCUGUAUCGGGUACACAUCAUAGCAGUGUUUUUCAAUUUUUUUAACCCCACUUCAGGUACCGACCAAGGGGAUGAACUCUCAGAUGAGGACAAUGUUUCUGCCUCCCAGUCUGAAUCACAAUGGUCUCGUCUUGGACCAUGGGAUGAUGACCCUGAAAUUCAAGAGAAAGUUUUGUUAGUUCUGUUGUUGUUUUUUUUUUAAUUAUUCAAUUAUUACUGUUGUAGGGAUGAAAGAUAAAGACUCUCAUUAUACAGUUUCAAAUUUCAUUGUCCUAGUUUUGAAAAUUCAACUUUAAAAAAAAAAUAUAUAUAUAUUUAUAUAUAUAUAUAUAAUAUAUAUAUAUAUGGCUCCCACACAUCUGUUUACAUGUUUUUUCAUCAUCUUAUGUUUGGCAUUAUUUUUCUUUACCCAAUAGAAAACUAAAGGCUGCUAAGGAGAAAUUGCGUCAGUUGCAGGACUUGGUAGCAUUUGUUCAACAAUCCCCAGAAACUGCAAGAUCCGUCCCAGAUCAUCUUGGUGAUUUAGCAGCAAGUGUAGAAGGUGAAGCUGUAUCUCAAGCCACACAGACAGAUGAACCCAAUGUGUCGGUUAGUGAAGGAGAGGUCCCUUCAGAAAGAGUACAACAAAGGUUUGUUUGUUUUAAGCACUUUUAGAGAAAAAUUUCAUUGAAAAUUAUUUUAUAAAAUAAUAUACGCAAAAUUUAUUAUAUAUAAUAUUAUUAUGUAAAACAACACACUUUAAAAGAUCUAGUCACAAAAUGAUUGGACAGGCACAUAGAUAUAAUCAAUUCAAUACAUCUUCAUUAAAAAUUCUGGGGAAAAAAAUUAAGGUGUGACCUGUGACAUAUUUCUAUGUACCUAAUCUACCACUGAUGAUGCUUAAAAACAUCAUUUUCAUUAUGAUAAUGAGAGGGGGUUGGUGGGAGGCUGCAGUCAGGUUAGGUAGGAGGAAAUAUGUGAAACAAGGAAUGGGGCCUGAAAAAACGGACACAUUUGUUGCAUCCUUUUUUCAGGUUUUCUCAUAAAUUUUUUCACAUAUUUCCUUCAUUUUAACUAAUAGGUUUAUGCAUAUGUUCUUAAUAAAUUACCAAUUAUUGAAUGGUAGUAUCUUUAAGUAUUAUUUUUUAGGGUGGCACAAACAUAAGCUCUGUGGUACACGAGGGACAAGUUUUGAAUGCCAUCAUAUCUUUAAUUUAUCCGGGGUUGACAUAAAUAAUAUUGUUACUUUCAAAACAAUAACCUGUAAUUUUUCAGGCAUGCAGGAGUUGAGGAGAGUGAUAACCCCCGAAUUGAGCUUGAGAGACUGAAGAAAGAAAGAGCAAUGCUGCUAGAGAUACAGAGUCAGCUUAAACACAUACAAAAUCAGGUUGGAAGGGUAUGCAUUAUUAUAUGUGUUAAAGCAGUCUAGGAUGAUCUGCACUUUAUACAAAAUUUUGGAUUUCUCUUUGCAGGUUCUGUAUCUAUGAAAACCUUUUUUUUUUUUUAAGUGAGAUUUUAUUACUAUUUUAUCUACAUUUUGAUUGCAGACACCAGGAGAUCAAGGAAGGGUGGGAGGGCAGACCAGCUCUGAACUAGUACAAACUAGACCUGAACAGUCAACUAAUGCACCAGUUGUUACAUGUAAAUAAAAAAAAAUAUUUUUAUUUAUUAAUUCAUAUAGAGAGGUUUGUUGAUAAAUUUUAUUAGUAUACAAUCAUUACAUUUCAAAAAGCUCUCACUGCUUUAUACAUUAUACAGAACAAUUUGAUUUUGACAGAUAUAGAAUUUUCACAAGUUGCUGCUGUCUCAUUGUUUAUUUUUAUAUUAUUUUUUGCUUUAGUUGCCUCCAAUGACGAACUUUAUAGCAAAAUGAGACGUCAGCGUAUAUUACAAGAGGAGUUACGGUCUAAGAAGAAAGAGCUAGAGGCCAUCAUGAAAAAGGACAGGAACAAGCGUCAGUACUCUCGUAAUCAGGAUAAUCAGAGUGACACCGUGUCUUUAAACACAGAUACAUUUGGGUAGGCAGUGUUUCAUUUUUUCUCUUCAUUUAUAAUAGUCGGGUGCAUGUCAACUUUAUGUGAAUUUAUAAUUUUUCCUCAUUUAAAAUGUAGAGGCAAACAAGUAUGUGCCUGCCUAAUUUAUAAGCCCCAUUUCCCCAACCCCCCCCCCCCCCCAACUUCCUCAUGCCUAGCUACAACAAUCCCAACCAAGAAAAAAUCUUUUAUGUCUAAUUUUUGUCUACUUAUGACUUGGCUAAAAAAUGGGUCUUUUUUAAAUGUAUGGUCAUUGUAAAAAGAAAGAAAAAAAAAGAAAGAAAAACUGACCAUUCUUUUUAUAGGUUGAUUUCUUAAAAUGAAUAUUCAAACAUAAAACUGCACUGGAACCUCAAUAUCAAGGGUCAGAAAGUUUAUUCUGUAAAGAGCCACCAUGCUUUAUGUUUGAUGACAUAAAACAAGAAUUUGAAUCUUAAAACCUGAAAAAUAAUUAGUCUUCUGAGAGUUACAGCAUGGCAAAUAAAAACUGUUGGAGAAAGUAAUUGCUAUUUAUGUUCAACAUAUGUUGCAUGUAAAUAAGUUGCUUAAAACAAGUGCUUCUUUUUAUUUAUUUAUUUAAACAAUAAUUAAGGACCUUUAAUCAGAAGACUUUUAUUCUCAGCAUUCCCGCUAGUGUGGAUGCUACCAUGGCCACAUGGGGAGGCUCCACAGUGGACAACUUGGAGAACAUUACAGAGGAUGGCCAAGAGAGAAAUGCUGGGGAUGGUGAUGAAGAUGAUGGUAGUCUCCAUCACUUUGACUUCUAUUUUCUAUUGAUAAUUUUUUGUUACAUUUUUGUACUAGUAAAAGUGAUGCCUGACGCACAUAUACAAUGAUUAUUGAUAUCAUGAAAUUGAUAUGAUUGGAUGUGUGGACUGUGUGACCAAUGUUAUGGAUUUUCUUUGACCCAUUCCAUUCUCAUCAGACUCAGUUUUUGAUAAUUGUUUUCAAGGGGUUAAAUAUUUAUGAUUUUCCUGGGGGUGGGUGCCAUUAGUACUGCAUAAUACAUACAUUUCACAAACACAGCAUGCUUUUUAAAAAUUCAUUGCUUGAUAUGAGUCUAACACUUUGCCCUUAAAACAUGUAAAGGAUUUAAUCUCAAGUUUACAUUAUUAUUUAAACUUUUGUAAAAUUAAUUGUAUUAGUUAAUUUAUAAAUUGUUUUCUCUGUUUUUUUCACAGGUUACCCCAGUGAUGGCAUUGUCCAGGUGGAAGAAGAGGAAGAAGAAAAUGAUAGUGAUAAUGGAACAUACACAAUUGAAGCUGAUGCGAGGCAAAGAACGAAUACAAGGAAGGGGGGAAACCUUGGCACUGGGGCCCGCCCUAAAACAGCUCGUGGCAGACAGACUUAUCCCCAACCAUCCUACAAUGAUAAAAGUAUGGCAUUUAAAUUUACAGAGUUUGUACUCUGUUCUAGCAAUCAACAUUGUAAAGUCAGUUAACCAACCUUUCCGUUCCACACCUAUGAAUUGCUACAGUAUACUAAAUCUUACAAGCAUAAAUUUUUUUUAGAACAGUUGAAUCUUGUCCUUCUUUGAAUCUUUUUCUUUUCUACAUAACUAAUAACCUCUAACUUCCUAGUUUAUUUGAUCAACAGAUGUAAAGACAAAAUCACAAAGACAAAAUAGUCAAAGAUCUGCUCAAAAUCAACGAGAUACCAAACUGAGGCAAGAGGUAAAGAGUGAAUUGAAGCUUAUAAGGUUUUAUUACUUGAAUCACUAAUUUAAUAUUUCAGUGAAAUAAUUCACAUUUGCUCAGUAAGAGAAAAAUUAUCCUCUAUACUUCUAUAAAUUGAUCAUUAAAAAAUCUUAAAAGGCCAAACAAAAAUGUAUCACUUUCAACAUUUAAAAUGGAGUUAACAUUUCCUAUAAAUUUUAUCUUUGAAUCAAACUCUUCCAGAAUUACAGAUCAGCCAAAGAGUUGAUGGAAGAUGAUGAAACUACAAAGGAGAAAACAAGUGAAUGGUUCUGUUUUAUCAAUGAAAGGCUGACCACUUUGGCUAACUCUGUGGAAACAUUGUUGAGAAAGUCUGACACAGAGAACAGGCAACUCAGUGUUUCACUAAACCAAGGUACAUUGCUUCAUUCAAUGACUGCAAAGUUGAAAAAUAAUUUGUACAUAGUCAUGUAAGAGGUUUUAUUCUUCGUCGAUAAAUUUAAACAAUUUAUCUAUAUAUUUUUGGUUGAUAAAAAAUUAGGGUCUGAGAAAUCGCUCCUUACUGCUACUUUUUAAAAAGAAAUUGGAAGUCUUUUUGUUAGCGUCAUCUGGAUUUCUGUGUGUAAAAAUUUUUGCUAAUUUUGUGAUGUUCAUGAUAGAUCGCCUUGUUCUCUGCAGUCACUUCAUUUUUACCCUUAUAAUAAUUUUCCACUGUAGAAACUGCCCCUCAGACAGCUACACUAAUUUCACCAAUGCAAGAACAAAUGUUGCAGCUCCAAAGUCAGUCAAUGAUGCUUAGCUUUGGUCAUGUUGUCCAGACCCUGACUAGACAACAAGUAGAGAUGCAGCAACUACAGCAACAGAUGCAGGCUUUACAGCUGCAGGUACGGAUAUUUUCUUUCUGACAGUUGUUUCAACAAACAUUGGUAGACACUCUUAUUUUAUAUUGUGAUCUAAGCUGUUAAAAUUUCUCCAGUGAAAGAAAGUUGUAUUUUUUCUUGGCUGAAAUUUAUAUUUUUUCUCAAAGCCUAUAAUACAACCAAUUACCAAGCUAGGGAAAAAUAAACCCAGUUUGGAAUGCUAAACAAGCAUACUGGAACUUGGAUAAUAAAGAUGAAAGUGAGCAUUUAAAUAUUGUUCACACUAAUACUACUGUAAUGUAACUUUUGAGCUGUAACUUAUACUUUGAGCUGUAACUUAUACUUCUUUGAGUUGUUUCAAUAAAUCAAUUAGACUACCAGAUAAAACAUAGCAGUAGUAAUUUUACAUGUUUAUUUCAGAUCCAUGAAAUCCAUGAACAUAGUUUGCAUGGAACAGGUCUGGCCCCUCCUUCAUCUCAGCUGUUACGACCGGCACUGUCCAAUCCUACCCUCAACAACAGCAACUAUAAUCUUCAAACAGCCUUGGGCGCCCAUCCCUUCUCCUUAAAUCAGCAGGCAGCAAGCCCUUAUGCCCAGGUAACGAAAAUAUUCUGGUAUUUCUUAGUGCAAUGUGGACAAUGGAAACUUUCUGUUAUUUAGAUCCAUGACCAGGGCAGCAGGGUCAGAAGAUUAUUUAUUUUUAUUUUAAAGAUCGAUUUAAACUUUAUGUUUGGUGGGUUUUUUUAAUUUUUAGCUGAAAAAUAGUAACAAACUGAAUAAAUUAUGUGACAAAACUAGAUUUUCCUUAACUUGUUAAGUUGUUUAACAGCUCUUAAACUUCCAAAUAUGUAGAUUUUGUUAUUAUUUCCUUCAAAAGCUAGUUCAGGGCUAUUUAGAUUUUCUUCUGGUUCUUAGCCUUUUUGAAAGUUUUAAGAAAGCUUACAUCUUUCCAGGGUCACCUAAAUAACACAGCAUCUGCUGGCCUCAUGAGUGGCUUUGCUAGUCCAGGUCUUCGCAACUUUCACCAAACUGCUGGGCUUGGUCUGUCGGCUGGAAACUUAUCAGGUCAUGCCGACAGGGGUCAAGGUGGUUACGGGAACGGCCUCAGCGUCAACACAGGCUCCACCUCAUCUUUACCCCAACAGGGUGCAGUGGCAGGAUUCAUCUUCAACCCCUUGGGUCAGUCCCCUGUCAACCCCAGCACAUCACACACAAGCAUGACCAGAGACUUUAGCCAGUUUGUUAACACAGUUGAUGCAGCCCCCAGCCCCCAUGGGACAGGCUUCCAUCAGUUCAGUAACCAUAACUUGUUUGGUUCCAGCAGCCAGCAACAGCAGACUUCCUCUGUAGGAGGCUUUCCAUUUUUGUCUUCCCAACUCCAAGGGGCUGAGGAACGGGAAGAGGAUAACCCAGCUCCUCGUUUGAACUCCUACCAUAAUGGGAGUAGGAAUAAAAAAAGGUAAACUAAAAUUUAUAUAUUUGAUAUUUUCAAGAGGGAUGAUAAAUAUUUUCCAUUCCCAUACUUGGGAAGUACAUAAUAAGCAUUGUAACAGAAAAUCAACACACUCCUUCCCUAAUCCCAAAACCCUGCAGUAUCCACUAACACAGUUCUCUUCCUAUCCUCUCCUGUACCCAUUACAAAUUUUUAAAAUAAUUUUAUUUAAAUGUAGGGAUCCCUAUAUGGAAUAUAAUUUUAUUAAAUAUUUUAGCAAAUUGCCUUUCAGCAUGCCCGUAAUUCUUUUCUUAGCUGUUACAAUGAAAACUAUAAUAUUUUUUUUUUAAUUUAUAAGACAUAAAAAAUCUUUUACCUAUUUGUUUCUCUUUUGUGCACAGGAAAGCUUCUAACAGAAAUAGCAACCCCGGGAAUGCUCAAACAUCUGGUAAUGUAAUUCUUAAUGUUUUUAUACUUCAGUACAUUAUUUACUACCUCCUAAUUCUUUAUUUGACCUAUUAAGGUAUCUUGUAGUUUCAAUUUAUUUAUUUUUAUGAUUCUUAUUAUUUGUAAGGUUCCAUUUUAACCCAAAAGGCUGAUUUAUUAACUUCAUAAGGCCGAUAUGAGUAUUUAUCCAUUUCAGUUUGGGAAUUAAAUUUGUAGGGUAAUUUCUUGUCUGAAGCACACAAGAGAUGCAGGCAUAACUUUCCUUUUAAAGAGAGUGCAUUUAAAACAGUAUAGCCAGAAAUAUUUAUAAUAUAAUUUCCCUAUUUUUAAUUAAUCAAGUUAAAAAUUGUAACAAUAAAUUUUUGUUACAUGUUAUUUUUAAAAAAGGUUUGAGAAUGUCUACCCCAAGGGAAAACUCUGAAAGUGUUGGAAGAGGAAGAGAUCUGAUCAAUGAUUACAGCAGAACAAACUAUGAGCCAGUGUCAGGUUUUGAUGUCAACACCGCCUUUGAUGCUGCCUCAAGCUAUUCAAGUGUUCAGUCCAUUAGAGACGAACACACCAGGCUGAGGGCAGAACAAACCCAGACAAAGUGAGUUGACUUUAUAGCAGUGGUGGCCUACCAGCAGCCUGUUAGUUGUUAAGGGGUUAGGCGCCCGAAAAUAUCUAAAAUUUUCAAAAAUUGUCCAUUUUUUUAUUUUUUCAUUUUUACGAAGAUAAACAUUCUUAGAAUCGAUUACAUAUCAAUUGAUACUACUUUUUAAAAGAUUUGUUGUGAAACAACUGAUAUUUAACACCCCUCCCCACUCUAAAAAUUGACCUAAUUUUGGAAAUAAAAUAAAAUUCAUACAUAUCCCAUGUUUGAGACCUCAAAAAACUAGUUUUAAAUAACAUAAUAUGCUAUUAUUAUAUAUCAACGUAAAGGUAAAUUCAAGCAGUUUUUUUUAUUUUUAGAAUCGAAGUCAGUAAAUAUAAUUGCUACAAAUAAUCGGAUCCACAAGCGAAGUGUGUGUAGGAUUUUCUUCACUUCUAUUUAUAUAAUUAUUUUACCGAUUUUCAUUGGUCCGAACCGAGGGUAACCAAGAUACCGUUGACUCGCGCAUGCGCAAAUGCGUUGUUUAUGCGUGUUUACCGGAUCAUGGUUCUGUGUACAGAACGACAUUUUGCAAACGAAAGCAUCAGCAUAUUUUGAUUUUAAAAUACACGUUUACAACCUUACCCAUUCGGUAAAAGCCAGAAAUUCAAGGUAAGUAUACUAAAAAAAUGACCUUAAUUUAGCAACAUGCAAUCGGUGAUAGUUGAAAUUAUUCAGUUCGGACGUCAGUACUGUCACUGUGUUGCCUUGAUGAUUGAUCGUGCGUGUGGAUUGUUAGUGAGUUUAUGUUUAGCUUAUGGCAUAACUUUUGCCUUAUGCGGAGAAUUACAUAAGUUUCUACUAUUAGUCUUUAUAUUUACCAAUCAAGUGAAUUGUUAAAUUAUAUGAAUCCUAAGCCUAUUUAUUUAUAGUUGUCUAACAAAACAAUAUUGAUAAAUAAUCGAGUAGUUCAAAGUAAUAGCAUAGGCUAAGACUAAGGCUAAGGCUAGGACUAAAACAACAACGCAAUAUGCCGUAAUACUACUAUAAUUAUGGCAUGGUAUUAGCAUUAGCAGUAUGGGGAAAAUAAUUCGUAUUAGAAUGUUUUAACUCAAAUAGUUUAAUCUUAGCCUUAUUCAUUUUUUUAUCUGCAAACAAUUAUUAAUAGCUAAUUAGUUUUAUAUUAUUUCUUAUUUAUAAGUAUAAGAUCAGUUCAAUUUACUAAUAUUAGUAAUUAUAAUAAAAUAAGUAUUUAGUUUAGCAAUCCUAAACAUCUAAAUAAUACUAAUAGGCUUAUUGAGAUCAUUUUCAAUAUAUUAUUUGCUAAAUAAUGUUUAUAUAAUUUUUUAAUUCCAUUCCAGCCCCCAAUUAGUUCUACCGAGCCGAGCAAAAGUUAAUUCUUCAGUGACAAGAAUUCUACAGAGGGACUGCUAAACAUUGAUUUCGAAAUGAUCAUAAUUCAAAGCUUUUACCAAUUUUCUUCUGUCUGCAGUGGAAUGGACGAAUUGCAGAAGCCAUAACUUACAGCUGAUUGCAAAACAAAAUAGUAAAUACUAUGAACAUAACAAUGACUAGAUUGUGAGUGGUUAGAUUGUUCAUAUCAACAACUGGAUAACCAAGUCAUUAUCAAUUAUAGACUCUAAGGCCUGAAGGACAAUGGCAUGGACUAUGAAAAGUUGCAAUCUAUGAUAUCUGCGAUAAACAAUCCAGCUGCACCGCAAAAUUUAUAACCUGCGCAAAGUAUAAAAACUGCGCUAUGCCGAAGACAUGAAACAUUUAUGAGCAAGUAUCUUCCCAAUUAUUACAUUUCUAAUAGACAAAUAACUCAUUCACCUCUGGUAUGAGGGACAUCUUUGAUGAAAGAAGUACACAGAAUAGGUACAAAAGUUUCAACAUAGCAUUGCUGCCAUGAAACUAUGCUUUAAUUUCAGUGAUGGUGACAGCAACAUAACCUUGUCAUCUAAGCAUGGUUAAAAGGAUCAUGGACAAAAGGGUUGAUUGGGGACUUUGGAUAACUUGUGUUAUAUUAUAAUGCUGAACAAAAAAUUCUAAUACAACACAAAUUAGCUUUAUUCCAGAGGAAAAAAAUUUUUUGUUUAAAAUUGUGAUUUUGACGAGAGCACCUGAUGAAGUUCAAGAAGUUAAAACCCAUGUUCCUGGUGCAUUCAACAGUUCAAUAAUAUAAGAAACCACCAUGUCCAUGUUGCUGAACAAAAAAAACUAUGUAAAAGAACUUCAUUUUCAUAUUAAACUUAAAAUUUUUCACUUUUAAAGUUUAAAAUUGAUUUUUCUCAAAAUUGUUUUUUUCUGUUGUUUUGUAACGUAGAAUUCUAAAAUCUCAGCUAAUAUACAAGCUAGAGUAAUAAAAUUUGGUGUGUAUCUUCCUUUAACUAUUUUGUGGGUAAUGAGCUAUUCAAAAAUCAAUUUGGUCAAUUACUUUUGUUAAAAUAAUUUUUUUCAUAUCCUAGGAUGGUAAAUUUUAAGCGUUUUCUGCCGAAGCAAAUUUUAAAAAUUAAAAAAAAAAUGUUUUGAAAAGUUUUAAGGAAAUUAAACUAGCUCAGUACCUCUAAAUAUAAUUGAAGUUCAUGAAUCAAUCAAUUUUUAAGCAAUAUGUAUGUUUGUUUUUAAAAUUUUAGAACUCUACGAAUGGGUAUUAUUUUCAAGAUGGCCGCCGUUGCCAUGGCAACUAUAUAAUUUUUUUUUAUUUUAAAGCAUGAAAAUAUAUCUCCAUUCAUAGCUUAACAUGACCAUAAUAAAAUAAUUGCUCUAAGUUGGUUAAUUAAAAAAAAAAUUUUUUGGUAGCCUGCCCCCUUAAAUAUUGUGGCCCACUUAUACCUGAUUUAUAAAAAUAAACGUAUUAUUUCUUCAUUCUAUUUACAAAGCAGUUGAUUUUUAAAAGUUAAGUGAGAGAUAAAUAAAUAUCAAAUAUGUUCCUUUUUAUUUUGUUUCAUUUUCAUUAAUUUUAAUACGUGCUGAAUAGAUUGUUUAUUUUAAUAUUAGGUGUAAUGGCAUGCGGCCAGCCAAAGGUUUACUCUCUAUUUAAGUGCUCCGUGAAGCCUUUUGCGUUGGUCCCCCCUGAAUUAUAGAAAGACAUAUAUACAUUGUUUUAAUUGUCUUGUUUGGACAUGCUUUGUCAUAAUUCACUUUUUAGAGCUUGCAGACAUUUUUUUUAACUGUAACUGAAUAGAACAGGAGAUAUCGUUACACUUAUCUAACCGUCAGAGUAGAACAAGAGCUAUUGUUACACUUAUCUAACCGUCAGAGUAGAACAAGAGAUAUCGUUACACUUAUCUAACCGUCAGAGUAGAACAAGAGAUAUCGUUACACUUAUCUAACCGUCAGAGUAGAACAAGAGAUAUCGUUACACUUAUCUAACCGUCAGAGUAGAACAAGAGAUAUUGUUACACUUAUCUAACCGUCAGAGUAGAACAAGAGAUAUUGUUACACUUAUCUAAGUGUCAGAGUAGAACAAGAGAUGUUGUUCUUAUACUUGUCAAGUAAGUAGGAUUUAUGUGUUAUGAUGUCAAACAUGUAGGGGUAGCACAUUGUGAGAACUAGCAUUUUUAAAGUGCUUAAAAGCCAUUUCCAUUAAAAAAAUGUUCAGUCCUGUUCUUGAACUAUUAUUUUGUACCUUUCCCACAUCAUCUUCAAUCCUUUCAUGCUCAAUAGCCAGCCUCUCCUGUCUAAUCCAAGUAUAGCUUUUCCAUUUAUAUUUAUAUGUAACAUUUUCCUUGAUUGUCUCAAUUAUUUGUCAUGAUCACAAAGUCAAAUUUGUCAUAAUAAAUAUAUAAAAGUUUGUUUUUUUUCUACUGUAUUGUAGUAGAAAACUUGCCAAUUGUUUAAAACUAUUGUUAAGCUGCAAUAAAGGUUUUUCACAAUUUAUAAAGUAAUUGAAUCUGUUUCCCCACCAGAUCAGUAGAUGCUUCCAAUGAUGGUAACACACUUUUCGACACACUUCGUGAUGCUAUCUAUUCGGAAGUGGCAUCUCUUAUUUCUCAGAAUGAGAGCCGACCCCAGUUCCUGUUGGAGUUGUUUCGAGACAUGCAACAAGUUGACUCUGACCAGUUACGGCAGAGGACACUUUACUCCCUUCAGGAAGUGCUCAGCUCGCACAUCAAGUCCAUUUCUGGAAAUAGUGUAGGUUAAUAUGUGGAACAUGGCUGUUGAGACCAAGUGUUAUUAUUAUUAGUUUCAUUACAAAGAUACAGUUAUUGCAAAGUUAUUAAAUUUAAGUGAUGUUAAUUUAUGUCCUGUGAAAAAAGGGGAAAAUCGGUCUCUUAUCCCUAUUUCAACAACAUUAAGGGGACACUCCAUUUAUUCCCUGCAACAUUUGUAAAUCUUGAUCAGAUACUGAACAUAGAUCAAUAUCAAUACAUUUAUUUAUAAACAUAUUUAUAAUAGAAUUCUUCAAGACAAAAAAGAGUUUUUAACAAAUUAAAAUAAGUUUCUUGAUUUAGAAAUCUUCAUACUAGAUCAUUCCAGAUGUUGAGCAAUGUCUUGAUACUUCAGUUUUGCUUAUAAGUCCUUGAAACAUCUCUCUUGUUCUUUUUUAGAGUGGCUUUACAUUUUAUAUGUACCGAUUAUUCAUUGGAAUAAUUCUUACUAAAGUGUUUUUAAAAUUUCAGUCUGCCCCAUCAUGGGUUAGAGCAACUUCCAAUGCUGGGGACACAGGCAACUCAGAACAGACACCAAGUGAGAGUGUUACCUCGGAUGAUGAGGAUUUCAAAGUUGUGAGUUGCCAAUCUAUAGAAUAAUUCACAUCAGUGUAGAAGUUAAUUUGCCAUACUGCAAAAUUAGCAUAGACUUGGCGAGAUAAUAAAAUGGGAUGCUCUCUUUAAGAACAUUUCAAGGCUUGUGUAAGUCAAUAGAAAUAGAAUAUUUAAAAAGUCCAAGUGGAUUACUAUAAUGCUUUCAGAAAGCCCAUCGACAAGGAAAGAGUGCAACAACUAAAAAUAGUCGAGUGCUAUGCACAUUUUUAAAAUGAGCCAUUUGUGAAUGAUGAUAUUCUUCAAUUAAAUUCUUUUGGAUGCAGAGAUAGAAAAUUAAACACUAAUCACUUUCCUCCUUCUAAGACACGUUUGAAAGAAAAAGCAUCAGCUGGAAAUAGACUUGACAGGAUUACACGAAAUACAUCGCUGAGAAAUUUCCCUUAUGAUUUUGUAGAGAUGGCAGACAACCCCAGCUCCUUAUCUACCCCUACCAAUGGUUGUGAGGACUCGCCUUUCUUUCAGGUGGGUUCUGAAGAUACUAGAACACUGAUGGGCAAACUUUUGGGGAUUUUUUUUUAAAUGGAGAAUUCAAGCCCUGUAAAAUCUGGAAUGAAACCUCUGUGGCAUAACUGAAGGACAUUAAUUUCGUUCAGCCAGUAAUGUUUGCCUUCCUCCCCAUCAUUUUCAUGCCACUAUAGGUGACAUUACAAACUUGUACUACCCAAUAAAUAAUAAUUAGUUAUUUUGUCUCCCAAAUUCCCACAAGAUUUUUUUUCUGAUAAUCACUUGUCUACAGAUCAGUACCUGAGAAACACAUGUUUUCUACACAUUGCAAGUGGUCAUUGGCUUCUGAAAUAUUUUAAUGAAUUGCGCCUUCAUAUACAACUUUCCCCUUUAAUAUAUAACUUUUCCCAUACCAGCACUUUUAAAAUCAUGUCACAUUGGAUUCUUCAUUUUAUUUUUUAAACAUGGUCAUCAUUUAUUUUUCUAUGUGAACUAUUGAAUCUUUGUUCACUCAGGACACACUAGGAGAAACUGUGAUUGAGCUUAACAGUUUGAAACAAGACCAAGAAGCCAGAGGCUUAUGGGGGAACCGACAAGGAGCUAACGCCAACCAUUCUGAACAUGGGAGGCAGGCUCAGCAAGUAAGUGUUUAUACAAAUUGCAGAAUGUGAAAUCCAGAACCAACAUAUAUCAAGUUAAAGAUUACCACACUCAUUACUUGUAUAUUAGAAAUUAAACACACAUUUUGAACCCUUUGUAUUAAAAACAGGUGUAAGAACAGGUAAUCGUUUAUAGCUGUUGUUCCCUAAUAAUAAGCAAGCAAGAACCACUUGCAGAGUUGAAUUAAGCAGAGGGGCACUAUAUUUAAAGUUUAUAUGUGUAUGUGUGUUCAUGUGUGCAGAAAUAUUUCUUACUUCGCAAAGAAAAAGAAUUAUCAACAGCUUGAUGCCCUUUUUUAAUUUAUAUAAAUCAUUUCUUUUUUUUUUUCUCCAAGGACAAUUUAAUAACAUAAGUAAUAAAAACAAUUUUCAUCAAGUGACUUUUAUCAAUUAUUUUCAUGGUCGACUUUUGUCAUAGGCCAACAUACCAGGAAUCACUGCGUUUAAAAGGAGGACAUUCUAAUUUUCUUACAUGUUUGUUUUUCUGUAGGUUUGGGGAGCAGGAGGAUUUCUUGCCUCUGAGCAACUUUUGAAAGACAUGAAAAGAAGAACUCGGAGCAAGAAGAGCCGAGCAUCUGGAGGGACAUCACAGUCCAGUGAGGUGACCAACAGCUCAGCAGUGGAAGAAGCGAGCCAAAGUUCGUUCUCAGAAAUGCCAGUAGGUUCAACCCCUAGGAAUCAGUUUGUUUCAUUUAGCAUUAUUUUCGUCAUCUUUUAAGAAGAAAAAAAUUUACUUUGUGCUUGAAAGUAAUUUUUUUUUAAAUUGUUAAAUUCUGGGUACUCAUAAAUGGUUUGUUCUUGUUAUUCAGCAUUUACUCACAACUUGCAUUUUUAAAUUUUGUUUUACUCAUCACCAAUUUUUGUUUUGCAGUAUCCUAGAAUAGACAUGAAACAGCUUGACCGCCAAAUCAAAGACAUAAUGAUGAAGACCAUUCCAGUGGUUAAGGAGCACAUGGACGACAUCUGCUCCACCCAGUUGCUGGCCUACGUUAAACGGCUGGUUCUGUCGCUGACCAGUCAGAUAGGCAACCAAGAGUUUGCCAGAUUUUUCCAGCGUCAGUUGUCUUCCUUGCUUCAGGACACCCUGCAGAAAUACCAUGGAAGAAAGUAGGAGUAAUUUUUUAAAGUACCAAUAAGAUCGGGCAAAUAUAGAAAUGAUUAAUCCCUAGAAAUGGUGAAGAGGAUCCAGCUGCACCAGUAAUUUAAUCAAUAAUGCAAACAUGCUUCUACAAGCAGAAGUUUUGUGUCAACUUGUAGGUGCAUUAAAAAUAAGAUCAACUUUAAAAGGAACAAAUAAAGACUUACUUUCACUGAGCCGAUAUACAAACUCACAGUAGGCUAAAAGUUUAAGAAUGUUAAAAAUAUAAUUAACACCUAUUGACUCAACAUGCCUCAUUUUCUUGCAUGAGCCAAUAUCCCCACUUGAGCAUCUAAUGGGCUAAUUAGUAAUGUUGCUUUGCUUUAUCAGCCAGGAAAUGCUAUAUGAUAAAUGCUAUUUUUUUAAUUAUUGUGGGGAGCAAUGAUUAUUCCCAUUCUAUUGUAGUAGACUACUAAUUAAAAAUGCAAUACAAAAUUAACCAGCUGCAGAGAAAAUGUUAAAAGUUGUAAGUUGCAUAAAAAGUUUCCAUGAAGAAAUCAUUUAUUUUGUUUCAUCUACCAGGAUGAGAGAAUGUGGUGAGGACCUCCUUGUGGAAAUUUCAGAUGUCCUGUUCAAUGAGUUGGCCUUCUUUAGAUUGAUGCAGGACUUGGAUGACCCGAAUGUAGCUGAGAAAAUGAAAGCCACUGAGUUCCCAACACAGGUACAAGACAGUAUGAAAUGGAAUGUUUUUAGUAAAGUAAAUUAAGCUAUGCACUAUAAUUGAGUACCUCCACCUAGUGAUCAUGCACAGAACUAACAAGAGCUUAGGUAGGGGGCUGUAUUUAUCAGACAGUCUUAAAUUGGAUGGAAUUAUUUAAAACAUUAUUUAAAUAUGCACCUUGGAAAUCGGUGUCCAAGGCUGUCUUUUUUUUUAAACAUCUAAUAUACCAUUUUAAAAUAUGAAUAUUUUAUGUAGCAACAAAAAAAAUUGUAUAGCUAUCCAAAAUAUUGUUUUUAGCCAAAUCACAUUGAGAUUCUUUUAUUGAUCCAAGUGAAUGGAAAUGUUUGAUCACAUUGUACAUACUCAUUUUCAGCACAUAAAUAUAUAUAUAUUUUAACCAAGACAAAAACAUUUUACAAUUAGAAAAAUUUAAACACAAGACAUAUAAAGUAUUUCUCUAGCAUAAAAUUCAGCUAUCAUAUACCUCAACCAACACACAAGAAGUAGAAAUCAAAAAAUAUUUUGUGUGCUUUAUGCAUUUUUCAAAUAUCUGAUAUAGCUUUUUGGAGGAGGAGAGUUGGGAGAAAAUGUCAAUAUGCAUGGAAUCAUGCCACUGCUUGUUUUCAAAAUGAAAAUAAUUACUCAAAGAUGUUGCUGAAUCAUCUUCCAGGUUCAGUAACCAUUCGGGGUUGUGGCCUGAGGCCAUGGUGAAGGAUUUGGAGGCCUUCAUGUAGGGUUUUGUGUCACAAUAUAAAGAAUUUAUAAAACUGACAAAAAAGUCACCAAUUUCUUUUGUUAUUUCUGAUAGACGUCCAAGGAGUCCUCAGUAUACAGUGUUGAAAGCAGCUGCUCAGACAUUGAUGAUGAAGCUAGGGAUGAUGACGGUGAUAAGAAGGGUGACAAGACAGAAGAAAACAUUGCCACUGGAUCUGAUAGUGACCCACGGAGAGAAUUCAACAUGGCUAGGCAGGAUGUUUUGGGACAGGUGAGGAAAUAAUUUGUUAUCAACUCAUUUUUAAACCUUGGGCUAGACAAAAUCAAAUUUAUAUAUAUUUUUUUUUACCUCUUUGCUUUAAAAAAAAUACAUAUUCUUUACCCUGUGUAUAUUUCUUAUUGCUUCAACCUCCCCAUAUUACACUUGUGCUCUAGUGCUCUAUUCUUUAUUUCAUUACGCAUCUGUGACCCCUUGUUAUGGUUAGAUUAAACCUGCCUGUAGCAAUCAAACUGGUAACUUUGAAAUUUAGACGAAUUCUUUAAAGAAAAUUGAUUUUUAAUGAAAAUGUAAUUUAUGAGUGCAAAUUUUGUUGAUUAUGACAGGAUAGAAAUGAAGACGAGAGAGCCAUUGAAAAAAGUGAAAAAGACUUUGAAGAGAAAGAGGAGGAUGAGGGUGAACAUUCCUACAAGAUUGAGUUGGCUCCAAGUGAAACUAAGCCAUUUACAAGGUGUGACUGACCCUCCUAUGCUCAGAUAACAUGGAUCAUUUAAAGGGGUCUUUUUUGAACCAUUAUUAUUGCACAGGCUCCUUUUCAGUCAUCAUCCUAUUUAAAUUUAACAUCAGAUAAGUUUUAGCUUAACAGAAAAUUUUAUGGUUAUAGAAUAUUUUAUUAGAACAGUUCCUGUAAAGAAUUAUCAGUUCAGUUGUCAAAAAAUGAGAAGAAAAUAUUGAUAUCUAAUGAGAAAAGGAAUGUCAGAGAAUUAAUAAAUUAAUUAUGUAUAAUGAGAAAAGGCAUGUUGUCAGAGAAUUACUUAAUAAAUUAUGUAAUACCUGAUGUGGAUGGAUCAACUUUCCUUCCUUUUUAUUUUGCUUGGCAUAAAAUCUAUGUCACAACUGAUGAUGUAAAUGGGGGAGCGCGGGAUGUGAUAGCAAUGACUGGGAUGACUGUUUGUGUUUUUAAUGACAGAAUCGGCAGUGAUGAGGAUGAUGAUGACAGUGAUGAAGAACAAAGCAUGGAUGACCCAAGUGAAACUGCUGUCAGCAGAGAUUCAAUGUUGGAGAGUAAUGGUGGUUCUCGGGUCUCGCCAAAAACACCUGAAGCAGAAACUCCCCAAACAGCAGGAUCGGCCACCAUUCAGAAGUCAGUUGGAGAAGGGGAAACCACCCCCUCAACAAACAAUGUCCUGCCUGUAGACAGUUCUCAGGUACUGGGUCUAUUCAAAUAAGUUUGAUUAUAAUAGAAUUGUGUGGUUGAGGUUAAGAUUUUAAAAACACAACUUUAAAAAAAAAGGUAAUCUUAAAUCAUUGUAAUUGUAAAGUCUUGUUCUGUUUUGGGAUUAAUAUUUAAUUUCUUUUGCCUGAUUUUAAAAUAUAAAGAUAUUAAGUGCCAUGGAAAAUUUUUUUUGUCUCUUGUGGUUUGCACCAUUUUAUUUUAUUGAGAUUGACAGCAUUUAAAUUUUUUGAUUUUGAAACUGAAUUGAAAAGUAGCCCCUUUUGACUCAGUGUUAAAACUGUUUAUGGUACAUAAUUUUAGAUGAAUGGGAUCACCAAUGGAAACAACAGUGAUGAGGAGCUAACUGUCGAUGACUUGCCCGAGAGGCUGACCCUUCCACCGGCAGCUGGCAACACCGUGAGUGCCCCAUCGUGUGUCAUGUGUAGUGUGCUAGUCCUGGGACUUUCAGCCGGGGCAGCUGUUUUAGUGGGGGUGAUGCUGGCUGCACACUCGCAGCCACCCAGAUAGGAGCGCAAAGAGACAGCGCCCAGAGGUUGUAUGACAGGCAAUUCACAGUGGCAUAGACACUUUUUUCUAGUUGUUGCUGGUUUCAUAUAUUUUUUUUGAAUACCCUCUUUGUUUUCUUAAUUUCUUGAAGUAAUCUAAGGAAAAAAUUGUUCACUUAACUAUGUUGUGUAUCCUGCACAUUUUAACCUUUUGUUUGCUUUUAGAAGCUAGUGCUUCAGUGACAGUUGAUUAAGGAAUGCCCAGGAAAUAUGCUAAGUUCAGUACCUCAUAUUGCCAAGGGUACAGAAGCCCAAUAAUUUGUUAAAGUCUGCUAUGACUGACAACAGCUGACCUCUUCCCUCCCAUAAUUUAAACCACAGUACAGUGGUACCUCGGGUUACUAACGCCUCAGAUCACGAACAACUGCAAAAAAUGUUUGCCUAGGGUUACGAACAAAGGCGAGAGAUAGAGAGAAAGUGGUUUAAAGUUGAAGAAAAAUUUCCAUUGAUGGUUUCUUGGUGCAGAAAGAUUCCAAGUUGGCUGCCAAGAAAUUAACAAUUCAGAAUAGCAAAGAAAGUGAUAAAUUUCCCAUGAUCGUCUUCUUGUUCAGAGCCAUAAAGGGUGGCCCAGAAAAAGUGAGAACAUCUUGUAACAAAGGGUUAUAUCAUUGAAUUGAUUCACCGCCACAAGCAGCUGACUGCUCAUUUGAUUUUGCUCCUUUCCUUCAACAUCCUUCCAAUCCAAGGUGUUGUUCAGUUUUUCCUGACUUUUUCCACAAGCUUUUAUUUCUUUAGCUAGUGCCAGUAGGUGACAUAUUUCUACCUAGCUAAGUUACUUUGGUUAAACUUAUAGCUUACUUGUCACUUUUUUUCCCCCCACUUUCCAAUCCACAUCAUUGUUUUAUAUUAUUUCACUCUAAGCAUUAACUUACCCUUGCUUAUAUGCCAUUUUAAGUAUUUUUCCUGCAUUUUUAAAAUGGUCUUUUUUUCUUUCCUUUAACGAUGCAAUAUUGAAAUGUUAGGAUAAGCAUAAAUAUUAAUAAAAAGUGAAUGGUAGUUUACCUAUAAAAAGACAAUCCAAAGUACUAAUUUAACGGCCUUGAAUAUGAAUCAAGAUACAAAUUAUUUAUAGAACAUUAACAUGAUCCCAUUUUAAUAACAUAAUUAACAUAAUAAAAUGUUUCGUUAAUUUACCCCGAGAUGAAAUAUAAUGAAUAAAAUGUCAAACAUUUCAAUAGCAGCUGUUAAUUUCUGCACCAAACUCCAACAAAAGCGACACCAAAAUUAAUAACAGCACAAAGUGUGCGUUUUGUUUUGUUUUUUAUAUAGUUGAUGCCUGAAAAUCUGUGGUCUUAAAAGUAUAUUACAAUAUUUACAAAGAUUGGGGGGGGCAACCAACACUAUAUAUGAUCUAUUUCUUUAUCAGUUUUGUUGUUGACCAGACUGUGACCUUGAUGUUUUGUUUUGAUUACCAAACUGCUAACAAUGUUCACUAACCAUUUUAUUUCAUGUUGUUUAUCCUCUGAACUCCAGCAUUAUUUAAAUAAAUAUCAUGGAAAUAUUUUUCAUUCAUUUAUUUGCUGUCAUACACUAGUAUCAUGUUGCCGCCAGCUCCCCCUCCGUCCCCAGACUCUGUCUUGUUUUCUAAAACAUUGUGCUCCAAAAAACACAGAUUAAAACCAGCUAGUUACACAAUGCUAUCUUUUUUUUUAUUCCACAUUUUUUUCAGUCUGUGUGUAGCUUCCAAAUUAUCAGUUUCUUGUAUUAUAAAAAUAUAGUUGUAAAGUUUCCAUCAAACUAAUCUCUUGACACUUUAGAAACUGUUUACAACAGGAUUUGAUUUAUGCUGCACUGUGAGUCUGUGUUCCUCUUUUUAAAGUUUUGGUCUCCUUAUGAAUGUAUCCAUGAAAUGAGAAUGUGAAAACUGAAGUUGGGGCAACAUUAAUUUAAAAUUAUUCCUCCCAUCCCCAAAUUUUUUUUCCUCUCCUCUUGGUAUGGUGCACCCACCCCAUUACAUUAUUUAGUUUACAUAAUUCAGAGCUUUUUUUAUUAUUUUAAACUAAUCCCUACCUCCAGCUGACUCUGUUGUGGUAUGUUUCAGCCAGGACUAGCAUGUAAAUUUGAAGAGGAGCAGAGAGCACUUGCCGACGUGGAUGGUAUUCUCUCAUUGAUGGGUGGCAUUGAAGAGCUGGCCGGGGACGGUGCUGCCAGCCUGGAUCCUGACCUGUUUCUCUCAUGAUGAGAACAAUCUUGUGAUACAGUUGGCUUCUUGUCACGCCUCAAAAUAAAAGUUUGUGUUGAAGCUGGAGUUUUCUUGGACAUCAGCAAGUGAUACAUACUAGCAAAACUGCUGAUGUGUUGUACUGUAAUAAACUGUGUCUGGCUGAGUUGUUGGUCAUGACUGUGUUGUUUUUUAAGCGUGUUGUUUUGUUCCAUGUGUAUGACUUUUGUAAGUUGCUGAUUGAUCUCUCAGCAGAAAAGGCAUAUCCAAAAAGCUAUUUUUGUUAUACAUUUGCAGAAAAAAAAAAGUUGCAAUAAGAUGUUAAAAGAAUAAUUGCUUUACAAUGCAGCACAAGGAAAUAACUUCAAUAUAAUACCAGCGGACUAUGCCUAAUUUGUUGACAAGAGAAAAUGUAUCUGUUGAAUGUUUACAGCUUGUAUUAUGUCAUCAUUCCAUUACUGAAUGCAUUGUUCCAUUGCUUAGGACAUGAUCUGUGUUGAAAACUUGGUGGCACAAGUGACAACUAGAUGUUGAAGGGGCAAUUGUUCUUAUCAUGUUAACUUAGGGAUGUUGUAGCUGUCUCAUCCAGUCAUCAGAAAUAGUUUCCAUUGUAAAUAGCCACAUAGGGAAAGUUUCCCUUGAUUCGCAGUAUGUUAAAACUAUAAGCUAAGUAGAACCCGCUGAUGCCCACAAUAAAAGAGGGUUGUCCCCUGCUAGGGAAAUAAAUACCUUAUGCUAAUCAAUUUAGUUAUUAACUUCUAAAACUAACUGAACAGAUUGAUGUUUCAGGAACACGCUCUUAGGGUAAACAAGUUAACGUUUACAUCGUGUAGGACUAUUUUGUUGGUCAUUUGUGGUCUUGAACUAAGGGAUUACUUGAUCUAAAUCUAAUUGCUAGACUGUUGAUUUAACCUGUUAUUUGAUAUAACUUUUCUUUUCUUGUGCAGAUCAAACUAAAUCUUGUUUUAAAAUAUAUUUAUACGUCUUGAUGUAUUCUGAAUGUUUAAGUUAUAUUGCUUUCAUUAUUUUGCCAUAGAUUUUGUUCAUCUGAACUGUGUUACUCAGGUGUACAUAGCAUAUUUAGGCAACUUCAAUACAAGUGAUACGUUCAAUCAGUCUAGCAGCUGGCAUUUUCUAGAUUUAAUUAUUUCUUUUAAAUUCAAAAUAAAACAAUGAACUUAAUUAUUAAUACACUUGACAUAUCAAAGCUUAGAUUAUUUGUAUUAUGUCUUAUAUCAGUAUGUAUUUUUCUCAGACUGUAUGCUUUUUAUCAAUAUAUUCCAAUAAUUUUAGGAGAUUUCUAUAAAAUUAAAAAAAUUGUGUAGAUGGAAUUAACAGUUAGCUUAAUGGAGAAAAUCAGAAACACAUCUUUUUUUGAAAUAUGUAAUCAUUAUCUCCCUUAUGUUGUCAGUGUAUAUUUCAACAUGUUGUGGUAGGCAAUGUGUGAGGCUUGCAUGGCUACACACGGGCAGAUUUUUUCUUGUGUGUAAGAGAUGUGAAAUGUAUUGCUGUAAACUUAAAAACUCUGGACGUCACCUGACAUAUUUUAUGUUUAGGGGAAGUAGCACAUUGUCAGAUGUUUCGUUUUUUAUUUACUUGUGUGUGAGACUAGAGUUACUUCAGACCAUGCACUCUCUCGCCUAGUAGUUGAACACCACCUAAUGUUGUAUCCAACUGGUCAUCCCAGCUCAAUGUUUAAAAUUUCCAUAGAAAUAAAGCACCCAGUAAAUCAUUUAGCAAUGUUUCAAUUAAGGAGUGCCUACAUGCAUUCACACUGUCCCAUCGCCAACUUGUCAAUACUGUAUUGUCACUCUUGGAACAUCAUCUAUUUAAUGAGUACAUUGUCUCAAAACUGUUUGCAUUGUGUGAAACUUAUUUCUUGAGGUUGUUUUGUUUUCCUUCUAUUUGGUUAAUGUAAAGUUGAUUAAAAUUAUUCACAGUCUUUUUGUCUUUGGCUGACAUCCUAUAAACAAUUUUCUGUGGGAUUUUUAUGGCUAUAUAUAUAAUAUAUAUAUAUAUAAGUAUAAGUGGC